AUGCUGCCUCUCUGGUUCGUGCUCGCGGGUAUAUGCGUCGGCGCCGCCUUUGUCCGCCCGCCGCCCUACUCCCCGGACCACAGGAACAAGUACCAGGACAACCCGAGAUACACAUGCGGACGCAGCGUCAAGUUCAAAUGGCAGACGGACUACAAGGGCCCAAUGGUGCUGGCCAUGCUCACAGAGUACCCGGGGACUGUCGUCCAGGCUGUUCUAAAAGAAAACAUCCCCCAAGGCACCACCGAAGCAACCUGGACCGCCAAUCUCCACGGCGUGGAGAGCAUCCUUCCCCCCGGCCACGACGCCGUGCUCUACCUGGCCCUCAGCCGAGGGGAUCAGCCCCAGCCCGACUUUUACUCUAGCUACUUCAACGUCACUGCCCCCAACGCCGCCGCCGCCUCCGCCUCCGCCUCACCCGCUCCCGCGACGACAGCCCCGCCCUCCGACACGGCCACGGCCACGGCCACGGCCACGGUUACGGCAACCCCCACCGCCACCCCGACAGGCAAGCCGCGCAAGUGGGACGGCAGAUCGAAUCUGACAAGGUUCGCCGUGGCGGGCGUCGUCGUGGGCGCCGUGAUUGGAGGUGUGCUCGUCCUCGCCCGCGUGGCGUUCGUCUUGUGGACGCGGCGCAAGAAGCGCGCCGGGGGGGACGGCCCUACUGAGCUGGCUGCCGGGACGUGUCAUGGCCUAGUCGCAUCUGGCGGCCGGGACGCGCAUCGCAGGGACGUGCAGGACAUCCAUCGACAGGAAUCCAAGGAGCUGGAUUCCGAGUCGCUUCACGAAAUGCCUUGA